AAAAUUGAAACAAAAAUAAAUUCUUCACAAAUGACUCGGUUCCCGCGCCGUAGUAGUACCCGUCCAAAAUCAAGUAUUUAUUAAUAAAAAUCAUAAUUGCAUCAUAAUUACAGCGGAGUCCCUCUUCGUUUUUUCCCGCGGUACCUGGUAGCAGUAGAGUGCCAGAGCUUCACUUCCAUGGCUUCUCCUCCUUCCUCUACUCAAACCCUCGGCGACAGAUCUCAUUUCAAGCCAACCGUAACUCUCUCCGAUUGGUGGUUGGUCAAAUCCGAAGAGAACGACGAAAAAAGGAGACUUGCCGUCGCCGGUGUUUCUUCCGCCCCGCAAGAGAUUCCCCGGAGAGUGUUUUACUCUGCGCCCAUCAGUAAAAAAUACGAUGUGUUCACACUAGAGACUACUGAUGGAGUGUGCAUUAUUCUUGAUGGGAUUAUUAACAAGCAGCAGACUAUUGCAAAUGGGUUUCCUGAUGAGGUUGCCAGGCGUUUUCAAUUAGGCUUUUAUGCAGGCUGGGAAAAAGGUGUUGCAGAGUUCUUGGGAGGAGACUCUAACACUACUGGUGUUUCUGAAAGAAUAUCUGAUUUGGGUUCAGAAGGAAAAAAGAAUUCCAGUCCAACUUCUGUGCAUUUUUCUCAAGAAGAAACUCGAACUCCUUAUGAGCAUAUUGGAUCAACUUAUUUUCAGUGGAUUGGUAGAUCAAGGAGUCCGGAAGGCAAUCAGAAGAACCCAAUGUCCGGAUGUUCUAUGAAGCAUAAAAGUACUAAGAUGCUUCCUUCAUCAGAUGCCUUUGAGAGUGUAGGAGGAGCAACAGGUGCAGCUGUUCAGUCAGGGGGGGAAAUGAAAGAAUCGGAGAGAUGUCCAAGCAAUUCUGCACGCAGAGUGACUAGAUUUUUUUCAGAGUUUUUAAGGAGCAAAUGGACGAACCACCAAAUGGUUGACAAUGGUUUGAACUCUGAAAAAAAGACAACGGACUCUCUUCUAACAGUCUCUGAAACUGUGAACAACUCUCAACAAAAUGGUAAAUGUGAAGUUGGAGGGAAAGGCGUGAAAAGUUCCAGUCCAACUUCUGUGCAUCUUUCUCUAGAGGACGAUUCACACGAGCAAGUCUCUUGUGAAGACAUGUGUGAUGCUGAAUUUCCAAAACGGUUGUCUUCGAAGCUGUCCUUGAAUAGCUCCAUUGACGACUCAAAAAUUGAUGAGUUGGUUAACUAUGCCACUGAGGAGGAAACAGAAAGAGAGGAUUUUGGAUCAACUGGUUUGCAGUGUAUUGGGAUACCGAAGACUCUAGAAGAAAAUGAGAAAGGCCCAGUAUCCGGAUGCUCAAUCAAGCAUAAUCAUACAGAAAUUAGUCCUUCAAUAGAUGUAGGUGUAGUAGCGUCAGGUGUAACCAUUCCGUCUGCGGGGGAAAUUGAUAUAUCAAAUAUAUAUCCGAGAAAUUCUGGAGGCAGAGUGUCCGGAGAUUUGUCAAUAAUUACAAGGAGCAAAGGUAAGACGAAGCAAAUUGUUGGCAACGGAUUGAACUCUGAACAAAAUACCAUGGACUCUGUACCCGCAGUUGAAACAGUGAGCAGUGAUUCAACAAAUGUGGAUUCUGAAGUAGGAGGGAGACAUAUGUUUGAAUCUUUUCUCUCUUAUUGUGAAAUGGCUGAAGAUGUACUAAAUUCUAGUCUAACUCCUGUGCAUUUUCCUCACGAAACUCCUAACGAGAAGGUCCAUUGUGAAGAUAGGCUUGAUAUUGAAUAUCCAAAACAGAUUUCUACAAACCUGUCCUCAAAUAGCACCAUUGAUGACUCAAAAAUUGAUGAUCUGAUGAACCGUGCUGCUGAAGUGGAAUUGGACGCAGAGAAUAUUGGAUUAACUGAAUUUCAGUCUGUUGGGAGACCACAGGCUCGAGAAGAAAAUGAGAAGAAUCCAGCAUCUGAGCCUGAAGUGGAAUUGGAUGCGGAGAAUAUUGGAUUAACUGAGUUUCAGUCUGUUGGAAGACCAGAGACUCGAGAAGAAAAUGAGAAGAGUCCAGCAUCUGAGCCUGCGUCAGAAGCCCUUGAGAUCCUAGAUGGAGCAGUCGAUGCAAAUGCUCAGUCAGGUGGAAAAAUGGAUAUAUCAGAGAGAUCCCCAAGCAAGUCUGCAGGCAGAGUGUCGCAACUGUUCUCAGGAAUUAUUAGGACAAAAGAGAAGAAGAAGCAAACGGUUAGCAAUGGAUUGAACUCUGAAACAAAUACAAUAGAUUCUGUUCCAGCAGUUUCUGGCAGUGUGAGCAACCUGUUACAAAGUGAUUGUUUUGAAACAGUAGGGAAUGGGAUGCCCCGUCCUUCAGAUUCUGAACUUCAAGAACCAGUGGAUGUGAAUGUGGUAAGGAAACUAGAUUUUGAUUUUGUAGAAGAUGAUAUGGAGCAGACUUCCAAUGCAAAAGAGGGACAGGAUUUUGGAAAUGUUACAGCUCAAGUUGGAGAAGGAGAAAGUGGUGCUAAAGAAGAAAACAAAUCCAGGAAGAGAAACAUGAGACAAGUAACCGUUGAUACACAACAAAUUCAUUUCAUUCCGGAAGUGAACAAGAAAAAAAAGGUGGGGGUGAACAAGAAAAAGAACUCAACUCCUUCCACACUGGAGGUGAAGAAGAAAAAAGAUGGAACUCCAGAGGUGAUCAAGAGAAGGAAGGUAUCUUCUUCCACUUUGGAGGUGAGCAAGAAAAAAAAGUUAACCCCUUUGACCCUAGAGGUGAACAACAAAAAAGAGGCAUCUCUUUCCAUUCCAAAGGUGAACACAAAGAAAAGAAAGGUAUCUUCUUUGGACGGAAGCAAGAAAAGAAUGUCAAGUCCUCCGACUCUGGAGGUGAACAGUAAAAAAGCGGUAUCUCUUUCCACUUCGAAGGUAAACACAAAGAAAAGAAAGAUAUCUCCUUCCACAUUGGAGGUGAGCAAGAAAAAUAAGUCGAGUCCUUCGACUCUGGAGGUGAAUAAGAAAAAAGAGGCAUCUCUUUCCACUCCGAAGGUGAACACGAAGACGUCUAUUAUUUCUCCAGAAUCUAUGAGUGCCGGACGGUCAAGAUCAGGAAGACUGCAGCUACCUCCCUUGGAAUUCUGGCGCAAUCAGUCAGCAGUUUAUGACAAGGAUCAUGGAGUUAUUGGGAUUCAGGAAGAGCUACCUAGAGUAACAGCGUCAAGAGGCAGUAGAUCUGAGCCUCAGAAAAGAAAAGCCAAUAGAGAUUGAUUUCUUGGCAAAUCUCUAGACUUGUUUCUUACCUUGAGUAGGGUGGCAUAAGAAUCUCAAGGACUUGUGUAUAAUGAAAGCUCAGGGCACAUAGCACCACUCUUGAGGGGAUGUUCACAGCAGAGGGAGAUAUGGAAUGUAUAUUUGUAUAAGUUUAACAAAGGAAAGCUGAAGUUUCUUUUGUAUAUUCUUUAGUUCUCGAAUAGGUUUUUGCUAGGAGGUUUAACAAAUUGUACCGAAGUGUAAACAUAGUGCAGGAUGAAUAGAACUUGGGUUGUUCCCCUGAACCUUGAUAUCUAAUUGUUUUUGUGAGUGCUAACCUCAUUA